AUGUCUGAUGGUGGCCUUAACAAGAUUAGCAUCCACAUAGAUGACGGGAGCGAAUCGAUACAUCGCAACGAGCAAGACAGAGUAACUAAAACGAAUUCGAUUGGCAAAAAGGUGGAACAUGAGAAUCUCAAAGAAGAAACCUCACAGUAUGGACGAUGCUACAGGAAUAUGAGUAGCCAUUUACCCCCUGAGUCGUUUUCUCGAUUCGGGAGCAUAAGUGGAACAAAUGAGAAUCUCUGCUGGAGUGGCGAAAGUGACAAUGAUGUUGAUGAGGCUACCGACGGGGGAGACACUUCCCCAGAUGCGAUCUCUGUUGACGGCGCCACCGCUGAUGAUACUUCUGCUGGUGGUGCUUCCGCCGGAGCUGGUCGAACGGCCUACCCAAAUGGCAAUGACGCGGAGAACCUGCCCAGCCAACAGGCAAGCGAGAAUUUAAAAACGCACAGUCUUGGACUAGGACUCCGAAAUAGCAAUAAAACGAACUGCCCCAAAAAGCAGAUGAAAAACGUCAUGGGCUAUAACUACUUCACACUUAGACAAGAAUUAAUGAAAGCAGACGACUCGAAGAUUUUUAAAAACAUCCCUCUUAGUAUAUUCGUGGGGACGUGGAAUUGUGAAUACUUUGAUUUCUCCAAGGAGUGCCACAACGACGAAAAGAAAGUGUACUCAUCUAACUACCUGAGCGAAAACUGCAAUGACGACAUGUACUCUGUAAAGGUAAGCGAUAGGUACUCUGUUAGAUCUAUGACCCCCUCCUUGAGAGUUAAACCGGUGAACAAUUAUAAUAAAAUAGGGGGAUCUUCUACCGUGGGGACUUUUGCAACUGCUGAUGACAGGAGUGUACACUACUCGUAUGAAGGUGUCUUCGAUGGACAGAUAAGAACUCUGCAGGAAGGGGCAAAAAAAAAUCAGAGCAGUCCUCCCCCCCUACGACCCAUCCCAUGUGACUACAUCAAAGCGGGGAAAGUAUUACCCAUUAAUCUCAACGAAUUAGACAAUAUACAGCUCACACAAGGAGAAGAUUCAACAUGUGACAUGUGUAAUUGGGAAGAAGGCGCAAAUUUUUCUAAAUGUACAAGAACUACCAGCGAGUGCAACAAUAAGCUGCGUAGAUCCUUCUGCGGUGUGGGCAUCACCAAUGAGAGAAUCAAAUUCAAAAGUCAGUUACCACAUGAAAUCUCCAAUAGAAUCACAUGGGUUAAGGGAUUAUCACGGUAUGACAUCCCCAAGGAAGGCUCUCGUUUUAAUGAGUGCAAGCCUUAUUGCAUAUCCCCCAACCGGAAAAAGGUAGUUAGCAAAACGCCAACCAUGGGGAUCCCAAGGAGUGUGCAGGGGGGCGAUCCGCAAAGAGCACAAAUGGAUAAGGCAAAAAGAGCACAUAUAUAUAAACCUGGACGAGAGCAAAUAGAAAAACUAAACCCUGUGGACCAUAAAAAAGACACGGGGCGGAGUAGCCAUAACCUGUCCCAACUAAGGGAAAAUAAUUCUAAUCAGAGGCAGUCCAAAUCGAGGGAGAAGCAAAUAUUCUCCACGUGGAUUCAACCCCACUAUGACAUCUACAUCAUAUGCCUACAGGAGUCCAUAUCUGAUAAUAUCAUCGAGUGUUUAUCUCUGCACCUGAAGGAAAUAAAUCAAGAGACGUACAAAUUUUUACCAUUGGCUGAUUGCAAGCUGUCUGGAUAUGGGGACGGAGCUUUUCUUCAAAUGAAAUCAACCACCAUGGCUGCCUGGGUGAGGACAUCAAAGUUGUACCCAAAUGGCCCCGUAAAAUUAUGCGCUUCCAAAUCUAUAGCCUUUAACAAGUUAAAUAAUAGCAAAGGGUGCGUAUCAAUCCUUUUUAACAUUUUUAAUCAGUUCAUUUUAUUUAUUGGUUGCCACAUGCCAGCGAAAGAUCAGGAGAUAAGACAGAAAUCUAGGGAAUUCAUUCUAACCAAACUGAGUGAAUAUUUCAGUAACAAAAUUACCUCAAACUUCAAAGACGUUUUUCAUCAUGUCAUUUGGAUGGGAGACUUCAACUUUAGGGUUCAAGGGAUACGCCUAGACAGAGCUGUACGUUGUUUGCAGACUAACAAUUUGAAGGAGCUCCUAAAAUAUGAUGAGGGCAAUUCAGCUUACUCGUAUGAUUUGUCCAUAAGCUUUCAGGAACUACCCAUCAGCUUUCUUCCCACUUAUAAGAAAAACGGCAACCGGCCCGUUAUCAACAGGGAUGACGCCAACUGGGUGCAGAAGGAGUACAAGCUCGUCCACAAUAUCAAGUGGUACAAGGGCGGCCGCCAGGAGUCGCGCAUCCCUUCGUGGACAGAUCGUAUCUUCAAAUGGUCGUGCGACAAAACCAGAAGCUGCCUCAUCUUCGUGCCCAACUCGUACCUGUCGCCACUACCGGAGGAGCAAAGCAUCCUCAUGGCCAGCGACCACAGCCCCGUAUCCUGCUGCUUCCAAAUGUACAUGAUGAAAAACGAAAGGGAAAUCCCCUUGACGAAGGUCACACUUGCCAAGUCGAUCGAGGGUUCACUCGCGGAUAAUUCAUAA